GCAGUCGCAAUCCAAGCACCGUCGCACGCGCACGCCGGACCACGUCAUUUUUUCCCAUUGCUAUACACUACCCUGGAUAAGAUAAGAUCAGCGAACGUGAACAGAGUGGCUAUUGCAAAGUGUCGCGAGUGUUUUAACAGACUGUGGACUCUUUUCGAUUGUUCUUGGAAUAGUGUUGGAGGUACGCGUUCGCGUCUUAAAGCUGGCGGCCUUUUUGGAGAACGGGCCAGCCUGCCAGCCAGUCGGGGCCCUCACGCUGCGGGCCGGAUUAGCCCAUGUGCCCCUCGGGCCCAAUUCGGCGUAUAUUCAACAUUCGGCACACAACAUAGGUCGGUGCGAGCCAGCCGCCGGUAUGCUGAUAUCGUGCGCCGGCUGCGAGAAGCCCAUCCUGGACAAGUUCCUGCUGAACGUCCUGGAGCGGACGUGGCACAACGACUGCGUGCGCUGCUUCGACUGUCAUUCGAUGCUCACGGACAAGUGCUUCACGAGAGAGGGAAAACUAUUCUGCAGGACUGACUUUUUCAGACGUUAUGGGACAAAGUGCGGCGGUUGUGGACAAGGUAUCUCACCCUCGGACCUGGUGCGCAAGGCGCGCGACAAAGUGUUCCACCUGAACUGCUUCACGUGUCUGGUGUGCCGUAAACAACUGAGCACCGGCGAGGAGCUCUACGUCCUCGACGACAACAAAUUCAUCUGCAAGAACGACUACGAAGCCGGCAACAAAGUCGCCAUCCAUCACGAUUCAGGCUCGGAAGACGAAGAAGAUGAUGAUAAUAGUACAGGUUCAUCGGUUAUGAAACACCACCCUCUGCAUAGUGGGUUGCCGCCCAUGGGCGCCGAAACCAACAACAAUUCACUCUCACAUUCGGACAUUGGCAGCUCAAUAGGCCAGUUUGGUUGUCUACAGGAUUCGAAAACGGGGCAAGAAGACUCGGAAGAUCAGAAUUCGCUGGAUGGUGAUCCGGAGGCGAGAGACGCGCAGGCUGAGAACAAGUCGCCGGAUGAUAACAGCGCGGGGGCGAAGCGCCGAGGGCCGCGGACGACCAUCAAAGCGAAGCAGCUGGAGAUCCUCAAGACGGCCUUCUCGCAAACGCCGAAACCCACACGCCACAUUCGCGAGCAAUUGGCGAAGGAGACAGGCCUCGCGAUGCGGGUCAUACAGGUGUGGUUCCAGAAUAAAAGAAGCAAAGAGCGUCGCCUGAAGCAGUUGACGUCGAUGGGUCGCGGACCGUUUUUCGGCUCAACGCGAAAGAUGCGCGGGUUUCCGAUGAACCUCUCACCGGGUGGCCUCGAUGACGGCCCCGGUGGAUUUCCGUACUUUGCUGAUGGUAAAUUUGAGUUUGGUUAUGGUGGUCCGCCAUUUCAUCCGCACGACGGGCCUUAUUUCCCUGGAAUGCCUGGACAUCCGGUUGGGCCUGGUGGUCCCCCGAUGAAUUUCCCUCCUGGAGGUCCAAUGGAACAUGGUCCUCUGCCCAUGGGUAGUGAUUUCGUGGGAAUGCCUUCCGAACAGGGUUUCCUCCCGCAAGGAGGUCCCCAAGGCCCUGAUGGUCUCAUGGGUGGUGGGGGUAAUGGUCCCGGAGGUGGUGGAGGUGGUGGAGGCGGCAAUCGUGGCGGGUCACCUGAAUUCAUGUCGCCUGGUAGUUUUGCCGAUAACCCUCAACAGCUGAACGAAGGACUGGUGUGGUAGCUAGCGAAGGCCCUUGCCAAGAGGGCUAGGGAACACUGAAUCGCAACAAAGAGCACGAAAUGCACAAACAAAUUCCAUUCGAUUGUACAUAAACGUUAGGCUUUGGUUCGUUGAUUCACACACACACACUUGUUUAUUGUUUCAUUAUCGGCGCGAUUUUGUUCUCUUUUUCGAAAUGAUCGAAUACGUUAUUUAUUUAUAAUUAAAUGUAAAUAGCAGAUGCUAAGCGAAAAUAAAUAAAUGCAUUUGAUUAAUUAUAAUGCAGGUGCGCGAAGAAAAACGCACGCGGACGACAAAUUAUUUGUAAAUAUUAUAAUAUAUUAUACAUAGAUAGAUUGCGAAACCUAACAUUGUCUCUGUAUAUUGUUAAAUAAUAGCUGUGCCCUAUAUCUUAAGUAAAUAUUACUUAACUAUAAACAAA